GUGCUGCCGCCAGAUGCCGCAAAGAUGAUCGUAGAUUUUGAUACCCACCUGCUCAAGGACGCCUACCAGUGGGGAGCGGAGGUGGAGCGUGGUCUCGAGCACAUCGGUUCCUACAUGGACCCCCGACUCCGCUUCAGCCGCCGCAGCUAUCUCAACUUCAUCGGUGACCUGUUCAGAGGAUCUUCUUGGGCCGACGUCGUGAUGGACGCGGACUCUGACAUGUAUCUCUCGCUUAGUGACGUGAAGGACUACUUCUACGCCUGUGGUCUGCCGCCAGGCCUCGAGAGCUUCUUUUGCCUCCCUGAUAUAACUGGGGAAGAGCUGAAGGUGGUCACCCGAGGCGAUCCCUCAUUUGGGCACUUGUGGGGCUCCGUGGCGGUCGCCCCCGCUAUGAGGGUGAUGCCGAUGGGGUGGACUUGGAGCUUCUUCUUCGCGCAGGUCUUGCACGUUCACCAGGUCCACCAGAUCAGGCCCUGGGUGUCGGGCGCGGUCAUGCAGGACCGCGUCCCUCCGCCUCCUUUCAGGGCGGGGACCGAGCUGGUCCUGCCCUGCUGCGACAACUAUGUGGCGGCUGCCUCUUCUCCAGCCCAGGCCGACGCUCUCCGAGAAGAUAGCAAGCGCCGGAUGACCUCGCUCGGCUUCGAGGUCCACGAGGAGGAGGCUGCCCGCCACUGGGCCGAGUCCUUGGGGUUCGCCAUCGACGGACUCACUGGGGAGCAUCGCCCUAGCCCUGCCAAGGCGUGGCGCCUCCGCCAGGUCUGUCGUCGCAUGAGCCGCCAGCGACCCUGGCUCAGCGGUCGUCAGCUGGAGCGGCUCUUGGGACAUGCUACUUUCCAGUUUCUGGGGCAUCGGCCGCUGCUCUCUAUCUUCCGCAGCUGCUACACCUUCGUGCAGUGUCACUACCUCCAGCCGCGGCGGCUCUGGCGGACCGCCGCCGAGGAGCUCCGUGCUGCCGCCGCUCUGCUGCCCUUUGCGCGGGCCAACAUGCGGCGACCCUGGGCUUCGGAGGUGGAGGUUUUCGACGCUAGUCCUGCUGGUUGCGGAAUCAUGACAGCGACCCUGUCGAAGGAUGUGGUCUCUGAGAUCGGGAAGGUCGAUGAGAGGUGGCGCUACGCUUUCCAGUGCGAGCAACCUGGCGGGCCUCGUGAGUACGCCCUCCGUUCAGCUCCCCCCGUCGAGGAGUGUUUCAGCAACGCGGAGACCGUUCUCCCUCGCGACUGGUCUCGGCGGCGGUGGCAGCCCGUGCAGGACUUCCCGGAGGUCCCAGCUUCCAUGUUCCAGGACUUCGACUGGCGCGAGUGCGUGGCUGGCCGCUGGAGAGACGAGGAGCAUAUCACCAUGCUUGAGGGACGCUCAGGGCUGAUAUCUGUGCGGCGCACUUGCCGUUCGCUGCUCGACCGAGGCAAGCGACAUCUCAAGAUAGGUGACAGUCUGGGUAUGAUCCUUGCUUUUGCCAAGGGGCGGGCAGACAACUUCGGCCUGCUGAUGCUCUGCAGGAAAAAUGCCGCGCUCACCGUCGCUAUGGACAUGACCAUUCGAUGGAUCACCGCAGCCGCGAACGAGGUCUGGCCCGUCUCAAGCUUCGUGGAGGCUCGGGCCUGGGGCCGCCCGCGGCUGCUCGCGCGGGUGAGGGGGCGACUGCUGCCGCCUACACAGGCCAAACUGUCCCAUGGCGAGGCAUCUGCUGGUCUCCCGCGGGGGCCCGCCGGCAGCCGCCCAGCCAAGGGGCCGCGGGUCUCGGGCGUGCUGCAGGCGCCGCCUCACCAGGCGUGCUCCGCCCCCCGCGAGGUCAGCCGGGGGCUGCCGCCCCCGACGCACCGCUGCCUGCCCUGGGCCGCCUCAGCUCGGGCGCUGCCAGCCAACGCCGGCUGGGGCCGCGGGCUGCAGACCCUGGCGCGGCAGGCGCGGGCGAGGACCCGCCCGGCGGCAGUCAAGGCGGGAGACCACGAGAUGCAGGAGGAGCUCGAGCUGAAAGGGAUCAUGGUAAGCCUCCUCGAGAUGAAGUCCGUCGGAAGGCAGUCGAUCCCCUAUUAUCUCCAGAAGUUCAAGGAGUUCUUGGACUUUGUAGUCGCCCACGUUUUCGACCUCCACAAGGACGAGGACGUGGGCGAGGUGUGGGUGCAGCUGAUGGACCUGAUGUACUUCGAUGGGUGGCCGGCCGACCAGGGCGGGAAGCUGCUCGCGGCGGUGAAGCUCGGGAUCCCGCGCUUCUCCAGAGCGGGGCUAGGCGGCCUGCCGCUCGCGGCCCGCGCCCUCGGCGGCUUUCUGAGGGCCGCUCCCGUGGCCUGCCGCCUCGGCCUUCCGCAGGCGUGGGUUGUCGCGUACAUCGCGGCGAUGCUCUGGCGCGGGAGGCUGGAGAGCGCCCGCCGGGUGUUGGUGAUGCACGACGCGUACCUGCGCACUGGCGAGGCGACGCGGCUCCGGGCCGAGGACUUCGUCCCGCCGAUCGGAGACCGUCGCGGCCACGAGCGCGGCGUGCUCACCCUCGGCUCCUCGAGCGUCGUGAUCCCCACCGAGACAGGCGUGCUGGACGACGCGGUCGCCCUGUCAGACUGGGACUUUCGGAUCAGCAAGGUACUGGGGCUCCUGAAGGACCAGCGGGCCCCGCACGAGGCCCUGUUCGUCACGAAGCCCGCUGCCGUCAGGAAGGACUUCGAUCAGGCUUUCCUCGACCUCGGGCCCGACAGGCGGAACCUCGCGAGCUGCCAGCUCCGGCGCAGCGAGCCGAGCCGAGACGCCCUUCUCGGGCGCCGCACGCUUCCCGACAUCAUGAAGCGCGGCAGAUCGGUGAAGAGGUACGAGAGGGACGGAGUACUGCAGAAAGCACUGGCCGGCAGCCCGAAGGAGCUACUCGACCUCGCCGUGGUUGCCGAGUCCUCCAUCGCGGGAGCGCUCCAUG